AUGAGCACUGAUCCCAAAGAUCUGAACUGCAACACUUCUCGGCACGUUUCACCUACCAAGUUGGCCUCUUCAGAAGAUAAGUGGAAUAGUAAAUCUAUUUCAUCUCCUGAAGACGUAAACUUGGUUUUAGAAACGCCCGUCGAGAAGAGUGUUGCAGUUCUGAUGCUUAAGAAAAGUAAAUCUUGUCAAUGGUCAAUAUCCUCUGGAAAACCAUUCCAGCCCUCUGGACAGUAUCCUUCUUCUAAUGGUCAAGGCGGUUAUCCAGGAGGAGCUCAAAAUGGCUAUCCAAAACCAUCAGGGACGUUCGCAGGACCCAGUGUCCAACCGGGGUCUUUCCCAGGAGCUCAACAAGCAGGUGGUUUUCCUGGUCAAGGUUCUCAACCAGGGCAAGGUGGUUUUUCAGGGCAAGGAGGACAACCAAGUAGUUUUCCAGAGGGAGGGGCUUUUCCAGGUCAAGGCCCAUCCGAUGGUCAAUAUGAGGGUGGUGAUUACUCUGCCAUUCCCGGAGAACCAGAUAAAGAUUACCCCAUCCUGUCUUACAUUCCCGAGACAUCUUUCAAGUGCGACCAACAGCAAUACCCAGGUUACUAUGCCGAUGUAGAAACAAGAUGUCAAGUAUUCCACGUAUGCUCCAAUAACAGAACUUACGAUUUCCUCUGCCCUAAUGGAACCAUCUUCCAUCAAGAGUAUCUGGUGUGCGUCUGGUGGAACCAAUUCGACUGCAACCUAGCACCGUCUUUAUUUGGAAUAAACGCUAACAUAUACGACUAUUCCAUUAUCGGAGCUCAACAGGCACAAGGUGGCUAUCAACCAGGACAGGGUUUCGGAGGGUAUCCCCAAGGAGGGUUCCCUACAGGACCUGGGACGGAACAAGGACCCGGAGCACCUGGUGGAGGCUAUCCCGGGGAAAGACCACAAAGGCCUGGAGUUUCUAGUGGAGUACCACAAGCUUCAGGUGGAUACCCCAGCAGUAGUACACCAACUGGCCCAGGGGGCGAUACAGGAUAUCCAGGGGGCAGACCACAGGGUCCACAAAUCCCAAAUCAAGGUUACGAGCCUGGAUACCCAGGAGGGAGGCUGCAAAGUCCCGGAACUAAUGGAGCACAACAAUCUACUACUGGUGGCUAUCCCUCUGGUGGAGCACAGGGUGGCUAUCCCAGUGGAAGACCAACCCAAGGACCAGGAGGAUACCCAGGUCAGACAGGAUUUCCAACUCAGCAACAGAGACCUGGAACGGGGGGACAACAAGCUGGUUACCCUGGCGGACGUCCAGAGGGUCCUAGUUUUCCCCCUUCGGGUCAGGGUAGUGAACCGCAGAGACCCACAGGUUCUCAGGGGCAAGGAGGUUAUCCAAGCGGAGCAAACGGUGCUCAGAGACCUGGAUAUCCCGGUCAGAGUACAACGAAUGGAUAUCCUAGCGGAAGACCCCAGGGACCUGCUUUUCCAACGGCAUCUCAGAAUGGAGGGUAUCAGAGACCUGGUGGUCAGGAGACGCAACAAGGGGGCUAUCCCCAAGGGGCUGUAUUUCCAUCGACGGUUGAACCUGGUGUAGGCGGAGAUACCACCCAAGGGCCAGCUGGAGGCAGUUAUCCAGAUUUGGGACAACAAGCUGGUUACCCUGGCGGACGUCCAGAGGGUCCUAGUUUUCCCCCUUCGGGUCAGGGUAGUGAACCGCAGAGACCCACAGGUUCUCAGGGGCAAGGAGGUUAUCCAAGUGGAGCAAACGGUGCUCAGAGACCUGGAUAUCCCGGUCAGAGUACAACGAAUGGAUAUCCUAGCGGAAGACCCCAGGGACCUGCUUUUCCAACGGCAUCUCAGAAUGGAGGGUAUCAGAGACCUGGUGGUCAGGAGACGCAACAAGGGGGCUAUCCCCAAGGGGCUGUAUUUCCAUCGACGGUUGAACCUGGUGUAGGCGGAGAUACCACCCAAGGGCCAGCUGGAGGCAGUUAUCCAGGUGGGAGACCUGGUACUCCAUUUCCUGGAACACAGCAGCCAAACAGAGAGUACUUACCGCCGUUUUAG